AUAAACUCGAUCAAAGUUUUCCCGGCCAAACCCUAAACCCCCUUUCACCUGGGAAAAAAACCCUCGAAACAAAAAUCAUCUCCAGUUGAAUUUCAUUUCCUUCUUAUUAGAGGACACGUCACAGACACACACGCACAGAGAGAUGGAGGCAAUGGUGAAGAAGUAUCAGCAAAAGUUUAAAAAGGUGAAAGAGUAUAUAGACAAAUGGGAGGAGCUUCAGUCUCUUCUUCUUUCCCAAUUUAGAAGCGCUUCUGCUAUCAUCAAUAGAUUGCAGUUGAUUCAAAAUUCGAAGAAAUAUGGUGCCUUGAAGAGUGUAGAUGGUAUUGGAGAUGCUAUCUUCACAAAACAGAUGAAUUCGUUACAGAAUAUCUUGCUUUCAAUGAAUAAGACUCUGGAGGAGUUUCAUGCUGUUGUUAUAUCGCUUGAGAAGAUCGUUCGUGAUGGUCGGCAGCUAGUUAAGGGAGGAGGGUCCAUUCAGCCCAAAGUUGCACAAUUGCAGCAAAGAAUUGGCAUAAAACCAAGUCUUGCAGAUUGCUUGGAAGGGCUUGUGCAACUUCACGAUAUGCACCGUUCAGAGUACCUUCUUAAAUCCUCAGUUGUAUCAGCACUACCUACAAUUACCCUGGAACCCAGUGAGAGUGAUCUAGAAGCUCUUCAGCAACUCCUUGUUGAUCAACCUAACAUCCCCAAAGAUGAAGUGCAGUUUAUAUAUGACAUUAUUUAUGCGGAAGAUAUUUGUUGACAACUACGUUAAGAGAAGUAGAGAACCCCGCUUGAUGUGCUGAUACUGCCAGUGGUACAGCUGUCUAAAACAUUUGGAGGCCUGUCGUAAUAUGAUAUAAUUUGACCAGUGAUCAACACAAGCCAAUUUAACUAGUACAAAAAAUUGACUGUCCAUGUCUCGUAUGUUUGUACUUGCUUGGCUAAAAAAAUUGUGAUUGUAAUGCUAAAGAUUAGUCCCAAAAGAAUGUUUCAAGUGUUUGUAUGGUAAAAUUUUUUGAUUAAGAUCUUUGCUCAAUUUAAAUCAAUCACCUGCUUAUGCGUGCA